AUGGGUCGUCGCAAAUCAAAAUUAUCAACACUUCAUUGGUUUUAUAAUAUUAUUGCUUUCAUAUUUGGUAUUGUUCCACGAUCACAAUUAAAUCAUCGUAUUUCAACGAAACGAUAUAAUCGUAGAAUUAAUAAUACACGAUCAAAUAAAAAUAUUAAGACAUAUACAAAACGAAAAUAUUUACAAAUAGAUACAAAUCAAAACACGAAUACAAAGACUAAUAAUGAAUUCAAUGAUGUCUGUAAAUCAUCUGGUGCAUCUGAGUUAACAACAAUACUCAAUAAUAAUAAUAAUAAUCGUAAUCUUGAAAAUCUAGUAUAUAAUAAUAUGAAUGCGAAUCGAUCAUCGGAUGAUAAUCAACAACGAAUUCUAUGUAUUCAAGUAGAAAAUAACGAAGCAGCCGAAUCUAUUCAACAUUUAUUAAUGAAACAUAUAUCGAUUAUUAACGAUAGUCAAAUUAUUGAUUUACAAGACCUUAUACAAUUUAUUCGGUCAACAACAAAUAUAACUUAUGAAGAUGCUUCGACAAAUACUGAUCAUAUGUACAAUCAAAUAGUAUCUUGUACUAGUUUUAUUACACAAAAUGAGAAUGUAUGUCGUUUGAAAGCAUUAGAAUACAUUCGAAUAUAUCUUGAAAUGAAUAAAGAAGAAUUUUUCAAUUAUCUUAUCAAUGAAGAACAUCUUUGCCAACAAAAAACAUUGGCGAUUUAUCAAAUGAUAAAACAAUUUCUUAAAGCUAUAUAUCAAUCAGAACAUGAACAGAAACAAAAUUUAAGAUAA